CAUUUCCCAGCUACCCCAAUGGCGGCCUAGGCAGACCAAAGGGGCUCAAUUUAGCGUUGGUCGCUCUAUGGUACGAGGGGAUAUAUAUAUGUAUUUGUCCUAAAAUGCCGGUCGACCCUUGUGAACAAGGAAUAGUGAGAUCAAUUUGCGUUUAUUUCCAAUUACAUAGUUCGAAUUCUUCAAAUUGGAUUGCUGUCCUGAAUCAAGAUUUUUCCAGAUAAAGUACAAGAAUGCCUGCUGUUGAUUUGCCAAAUAAUUUUGAAGAUCACAAAAUGGAGUCUCUUAGAAAGAGAGUCAAGGAUCACCACAUUGCAAUGGGGCUUCAGACCAAGGAAAAAUUCCAAGAAGUCUUGUCAGAAUUAUACUUCCUUCAGAGUGGUGGCAACAUGAUGGAUUUCUUGAGCUGGAAAAGGAAACCCCCAACUGCAUACUUUGAAUUUGUAAAGACUCAGCCUCUCGAACUUCAAAUCCCAGCUGCAGAAGAUUCUCCUUUGUUUAUCCCGCCAAACACAACUGAAUCCCCUGGACAAAAAAAUUCUGUUUCCAUAGUUGCAACUAAAACAAGCACUCCAGUCAAACUACCAACUAAUGUGCCAUCAAAAAAUGCUGUGUCAGCAAGUCUUCCAACAUUUCUUCGUGCGCCAACGACACCACAAGUUGGAAGGCCACCAACUACUGUCAUGACUCCAGAACAAAUUGUAGAAAAAGCAAAGCAGGAGGCGCAUGUUGUCCAACGGAUCGCAGAACUUCAGCGCGAAGGAUUGUGGUCUGAAAAACGAUUGCCUAAAGUAGCAGAACCGCCCCGAGCUAAGUCUCAUUGGGACUAUCUUUUGGAAGAAAUGGUCUGGCUUGCGGCUGAUUUUGCUCAGGAACGCAAGUGGAAAAAGAAUUCUGCCAGAAAGUGUGGCAGGAUGGUUCUGAAGCAUUUUCAAGAUAAGGCGGCCGCUGCCGCAAAAGCCGAAAAGGAAGAAGAACAGAGACUUAGAAAAAUCGCGUCCUUUGUUGCAAAAGAAAUUCGUACAUUCUGGUCAAAUGUUGAAAAGUUGGUCGAAUACAAGCAACAGAUUCGUUUAGAGGAAAAGCGGAAACGAGUAUUAGAUCAACAUCUUAAUUUCAUCGUCAAUGAAACCGAAAAGUAUUCGUCUUUACUCACCGAAGGUCUAAAGCAACCACAAGAGCGGGUCACCGAAGUGAAAGCAGAAAGGUUACGCGAAUCUGAUGAUGAGUUUGAACCUGAUGACACCACUUCUACGGAUGAUGAAGAAACCAUAGCACAGGAAGAAACGCUGGACUCCGUCGAUGCAGCCAAAAACAAUGACAGAGAAAAGGAAGAAAUCGAUGCUCUCAAAAGAGAAUCUGAAAUUCCACUCGAAGAUAUCCUUGAUAACCUUCCGCCUGAGUACCUGGAAAGUUUAGGCAAACGCGAAGUUGAUGCUGACGGAACUGAUGAGGAGAAAUUUUCUGACGACGAGUUCGAAAUAAACUCGGACGAUAGCGAUGAGGAUGAUGAAGAAACAAUUGAUCAAGCUGAAAAGGAGGAGGAAGAAUCGAGAGACGAUGAACUGAUGGAAUUGGAAGCUGAAAAAGACAUGCCUCUAGAAAAGCUUCUGGCAAAGUAUAGUGGUAACCCUAAUCCCAACCUUGUCGAUAACGAAGAUAUGGAGGAAGAAGAAGAAGAAGAGAGAGGCGAAGACAUUGGUGAUUCGGAAGGUCUGUCGGGUGCAUCGGAUUCCGAGGUUGAGUUUGAAGACGAUUCAAAAGACAAUAUAGAAGUCGAUCAAGAUGUAAAGAAAGGUCUUGGGAUUGAAUCUCUUUUGGAUGAUUCCCUUGGUGGCCAGGAUGUUGCCACCUCUAAGUUAUCUGACGCCGCCGCCCUAGCCGAAAGCUUUCAGCCAAAAGGCAACACGUUAGAAUCUACAAAGGUGAUAGCCAAAGUGCCAUUCUUGCUCAAACACUCCCUGAGAGAGUACCAACAUAUUGGCCUCGAUUGGAUGGCUGCUAUGUACGAACGGAAACUAAACGGCAUUUUAGCUGAUGAAAUGGGCUUAGGCAAGACUAUUCAGACCAUAGGUCUACUAGCAUGGCUAGCCUGUGAAAAGGGUAUAUGGGGACCACAUCUCGUCGUUGUACCGACUUCCGUCAUGCUCAAUUGGGAAAUGGAGUUCAAAAAAUGGUGCCCAUCGUUUAAGAUCUUGACUUAUUACGGAAGUCAAAAAGAUCGCCGUCAGAAGCGAAUGGGUUGGACGAAACCUAAUGCAUUUCACGUCUGCAUUACCUCCUACAAACUUGUGAUUCAAGACCACCAAGCUUUCCGUCGAAAACGAUGGAGAUAUUUCAUACUUGACGAGGCACAGAACAUUAAGAAUUUCAAGUCACAACGGUGGCAAUUGCUUCUGAAUUUUCAAUCCCAACGACGGCUGCUUCUUACUGGCACUCCUCUGCAGAAUAACUUGAUGGAGCUCUGGUCACUCAUGCAUUUUCUGAUGCCCGACAUAUUUGGAUCUCAUCGGGACUUUCGAGAAUGGUUCUCCAAUCCCGUUACAGGCAUGAUAGAAGGCAAUGCAGAGUACAACGAGUCUAUCAUUCGUAGAUUACAUAAGGUUCUUAGACCAUUUAUUCUGCGCCGACUAAAAAGCGAAGUUGAGAAACAGAUGCCUCAAAAAUAUGAACAUGUCGUUAUGUGCCGCUUGUCAAAACGGCAGCGAUACCUAUACGACGACUUUAUGUCCAAAGCCAAAACAAAAGAGACUCUAUCAACGGGCAACCUUUUAAGUGUUAUCAAUGUCCUCAUGCAGUUGCGAAAAGUUUGCAAUCAUCCGAACCUUUUCGAGCCUCGACCUAUUGUUUCGCCCUUUCAAAUGGAUUCAAUCGUUUACCAUACAGCAUCACCCGUUUAUGGACUCCUUGACUACAAUCCCUUUGAGCACAUAAAUCUCCAUACGUUGAAUCUGAUGCUUCUUGACUUGGAGUUCACCAUGACAGCUUAUACAGCUCACAGGAUCCGAAAGUUCCAAGUGCCUGCGAAGCUGAUUGAGGAGAUCGAUAGAGCACCCCCUCUCCCCCCUCUUUGUCCUCGAGGGAAGCUGCGUUUGCACGUUACGACAAACAGGCAACCACAAGCACACCAAGGCCAGGGUGCAGGGAGAGGUGUCCCUGUAACAAGACCGUCCCCUGCAGUGGGAGUGGUGUCCAGACCAGGCACUAAUUCUGUGCUUGGAAAUGCUGGGGGCGUGGCUUCUCCUCAGCAACCUCGGCUUGGAGCUCCUGCCCCUUUACUAUCCUCUUCCGCGGCCACGGCUGCCACCAGCGGAGCCCUAACACGUCCACCGUUACAAGUUCACUUACCGCAGCCAACAGGAGCGAUGAAUACAAAUUCUUCAUCUAGUGCUUCAACUGUGGCAUCCUCAUCGGAUGUACCCUCAAAGGAUAGUGUUAAUGAAAAAAAUUCUGGAUCCGGAGAUGGUAGAUUAAAUUUGUCAUCGGCUGUCGCCCAACAAAUCCUAAAUGUUGCAGCUAACCAAAAUGACAGCGCUUCAAACGCCGGGUUGCGUUCCAAUCUACGUAACCUAAUAGCGGUUUCCAGCUCGUCGAGCGCUAUGUGCAUCAAGCCAAGCACACCUCCCCUCGUUUCGGCAAUCGCGCCGCAACAGCGUGCUUCUCAAAAUGGGCCUGAACAUCCCAAUGGAUCUAAGAGAAGCAGUAAAUGGAGUUAUGACCGCAGUCUCUUCAAAAACAACCCUGUUGACGAAAAGAAACGGCAAGAGCGACGCGAUCGUUUGAUAUUCCUUGCUAAGCUGAAUAAAAUUAAAUGCGAAGCAAGUCCAAUCUGGGGGUCUGACGUGAUCAUAGCGGUAACAACGACAUCACAAACGCGAUCGUCAAGUGUUCACGAAAGUGAUCGUGAAGUACUCCAAGAGGAGCUCCCUUUUUCGAGGCGAGGAGAUUGUUAUCUUCAGUGUUUGAAAGCCACUGAACCUCUCGUGGGCCGACGAAAUUACGAAUCUCUAUGGUCUGAAACAGAUGCAAUAAGGCAUUUGUUGCAUACCCCUGAGCAGUAUAUUGAUGAGUUAUCAGAUAUAGUUCAAAGGUUCGUGGUGUACACCCCUGCUGUGACAGCUCCACAAAUUGUAUUCCAUGCCUCCCAUCCUCCUCCUUCUAAGCUAUGGGGCCAACAGAAAAGAGAAUAUGAUGUAAAAACAAGAUUGUCUCCUCUUGCUUCCAUCCUGCAUCCAAUCCAGUCUGCCAUGAUGACCCAGUUUCCAGAUCCUCGUCUCAUACAAUAUGAUUGCGGAAAACUGCAAACGUUGGAUAAUCUUUUGAGGCACUUGAAGACGGGGAAACAUCGUGUGCUUAUUUUCACACAAAUGACACGGAUGUUGGAUGUGCUUGAGGCUUUCCUUAACCACCAUGGGCACAUAUACUUGAGGUUGGACGGCACCACCCGCGUCGAUCAAAGACAGGUAUUGAUGGAGCGCUUCAACGCCGACCGCAGGAUUUUUUGCUUCAUCCUGUCUACUCGUUCCGGUGGUGUUGGCGUUAACCUCACGGGGGCUGAUACAGUCAUAUUUUACGAUUCGGAUUGGAAUCCUACCAUGGAUGCCCAGGCUCAAGAUCGCUGUCAUCGCAUUGGUCAGACACGAGACGUGCAUAUUUACAGAUUGAUCAGUGAACGAACAGUUGAGGAAAAUAUUUUGAAAAAGGCCAACCAAAAAAGGUUGCUUGGCGAUAUAGCGAUCGAGGGCGGCAAUUUCACAGCAGCAACGUUCAAAAAGCAAACAAUUCACGACCUAUUUGAAGUGGAUGCUAAUGAAGCGGAUGCAUCUAAAAGGAUGGCGGAAGUGCUGGAUCGUCCGAAAACAGAAAACAGUGAUGCAACUGCGUCGUCUGUUAAUUCUGUAAACAACGUAUCUGAGGGCGGCGGUCAAGUGGCUCCCAACAAAGCUGCUUUGGGCAUUUUGGAAUCGGCGCUUGCUGCUGCAGAAGAUGAGACGGACGUUGCAGCUGCGCGCAUCGUUCGAGCGGAAGCUGCUGCUGAAAUGGCAGAAUUUGACGAGUCAGCGCCAAUAGUGUCUGGUGAAGACGGUGAGAAUAACGUUGUUGAUGCUGAAAUUAACAAAGCUGAAGUUGAACUUCAACAAAUUGAAGAACAGCUAACACCAGUCGAAAGGUACGCUCUGAAAUAUAUGGAGAGCAGCGAAGAAUGUUGGAGUGCCGAACAGCUCCGUGCGGCCGAAGCUCAAAUUGAGGAACAGAAGAGAGCCUGGGAGCUAAAACGUUUGGCAACGUUAACCGGGAAUGACGACGAACGAGGAGUGCUGAACGACUCUAACGGCGGUGUAACAUUGGAGCCCGACGAUGGAUUACUCACAUACGCCCACCAGGAUUCUGUCAAUCAGAGGUGGAUAUCCAUGGACGGCCUGGAAGAAAUGCCGAUAUGGUGCCCUCCAACUCCUCCGCAAGACGACAGCGAUGUUUACAUGGACUACACACUGGGUCACUUGUAUGAGACUCGUAUCAUGGACGAAGCGUCCUUGCCCCCCGUAUACGUAAGAAAGGAAUUGAAACGUCCCCGUAAAGAAUCCGUCAACCAGGUUCCACCUGAUGAUGGUCGACGACCAGCGAAAGUUCGCAAAGAAGAAACUGUGUACGCUCCUCGUUCGUUGUUCGAUCGCCCUUCACCUGCUUUAGCCAAGUUGCGGCGCGAUUUGAAGCUUCAAAAAUGCCGUGGUAUCGUUAGGCCACCCAUUCCACUGCCUAAUCUUACUCUCAAAACACCUGCCUUGCCCAUUCGUCCGAUUGAGGAGAAUGAAAAUACUCCGGAAUGGCUCAUUCACGAGGAUUGGAUCUUGUUGCAAGCCGUGCAGAACUUGCUUGAAUUUCCCUUAAAUCUCGUGGUUCUUACCCCAGCACACACUCCCAAUUGGGAUCUAGUUGCUGAUAUGGUAAAUUCCUAUUCACGUUCCUACCGCUCGCCGAAGCAAUGCCGGAACAGAUAUUUCCACGUGAUUCUACCCAGGGAAGAGGGUAAGGCCGCUAUCGAUUCCAGUCCCAAGAAAAUAAAAAAGACUAAAGCCCUGCAACCUCCAAUUCCCACCAAAACUGGCAAUAGGCAAAUGCGAACGUCUCAGCUUUUCGCAGCCGACGGGAAUAAUUCCUUCACGACUGUUUGGCACCAGAAAUUCGAAACGCUUAAGAGCAUUUUUCACAAGAAGGCUCCAACCAAUAGAUCAAUGUUGACCGGCAGUGGUGCAUCGGCGAACCGGAAUGCAACGAACGCAAAGCAUGCGCAAGUUCUCCAGGAAGCUGGUAUCUCUUAUGAUACGCCGCUGAAUCCAGUACAGGUUGCUGCUGUUCGUGCUGAAAGAAUUGCCCAGAAGCAAAAAGCAGCCGUUGCAAUGGCUGAACAAGUCCAGGUGCAACAACAACAACAAAGAUUGGCCAAUUUGACGACAGCAUCUCCUACUGUAAGUGGAGCUCCUGGGACGCCAAGCAGUCCAAUAACUACUGCCCGCGUUACGUCCGCUGCUUCUCCAUCUACCUUGGCAGCCAACCCUAUGGCUGGAGCUGCAACUGUUUCGAGCCAAAUGGGGUCUACCGUUGUCGUUAACACAAUUUCCUCACCUUCGGCUGCAAAUACGCAACACACGCUCCUGUUGCAAGGGUCGGGUGGUACCAAUAUCCAUGGAUCGCCGCAGGUUCAGCAACAAGUUGUACUUCAGAGUGCAACUGGCAUACGUACACAACGUCCGUUAGGUACUUUGACCGUCCAAGAAGUUGUUACCGGUGCUAGCCCAGUACGUAGCCAACAACAGGCAGGUACACUAAUGUCGGGCACUUCGGCUGCUGGACAGACUGUGGUCACCGUUGGAAACUUGACGGCCGUCCAAGUCCAAGCCGCAACCCAGAUGUUGGCUUCUGCCGGCAUAGCCGUCUCAGGGGCCGGUCAGUUGAACACAGUCACCACUACGGCGGCUGGUAUCAAUAAAGGAGCCUCUGUGACGCUAGUCCAGACAGGGGGGACGACAGUAGUCUCACCGGCGACAGGGGCAACCAAAACAAUUACACCGACUCAAUUACAGUAUUUACGACAACAAGCGUUGGCUAAACAACAGCAACAGCGGCUACAAGAGCAACAAUUGAAGAAACUUCAAUUAGUGACGGCUGGUGGUGUUGGGGCUGCAGGUGCCACACAACAGCUUACUGCUACGGGAAUAACCACGACGGGUCAAAAACUCCCAUUGGUCGGAACGGUGGCCACUAGUUUGGCAGGAACAGCUUCAUCCUUAGGCUCAUUGAACACCGUACAGAUUGCCGGUCAAACCCAAACUGGAGCAAGAACACAGCUCCUUAAAGGAAAUGCAACUGCUGCUGCAUUACUCGGAAAAGGAGGAACUGUGGCCAGAGCUAUCGUUACCGAUUCCGAAAUGGCAGCGCUAAUCAAACGGCAACAACAAUUUCAACAGCAACAGAAAGCUGUCGCUGCCGCCAAUGCUGGUUCUUCCAAUCUUCAAGCCAGCCUAGGACAGCAGCAGACUGUCCAGAUUGGGGCAGGCCCAAAUACUACCGGGAUUACAACAGCUCAAUUCCUUGCACAGGCUGGUCUCCAGGUUCAAACGGCUCCAGCGGCUGGCGGUCAGCCACAAGUCGCGACGCUAGUUAAGACCGUUUCUACACCAGGCACUAUGGGCGGAGCACCCAGCGUGACGAUUCCAGUUUCCGCUAUAAGUGUCGGGCUCCCUCAGGUGCAGAUGAAAGGAUUAACAGCAGCUGGUGUAAAAGCAGGAACUGCAUCCCAGCAACAGCUAAGACAGCUCACCAUACAACAUCAACUGCUCCAGCAGCGUAAAACGCAGCAACAACAGCAAGCAAAGACGUCGCAUCUUGCACAGACUGUCACGUUAGGAACGGUAAAAGGAGUGCCUGGCCAGCAAUUGGCAACCGCGGUUGGAACAGUUCAGUUGGUGCAGCCCGUCGGGGCCAAUGCUACAGCUGGUGGAACUACAGUUGGAGGGGCCACUGCAGUUUCAAAACCGGGAGCCAUGAGCACCACUGUGACGAUGCAACAAUUGCAGCAAGUCAUCCGGCAAGUAACGGCUGGUAAUGCCCAAGUCUUGGUAUCUUCGCCAAGCUCUGGUUCUGGCGUAAGCGGGACGGGUUUGCUUACAAAAAAUCAGCAAGGUCAAACGGUUCAGGCUAGAGUUAUUCCUGUUUCCCAACAAGGAUUGAAACAGACUAUCCAGGUGGUCACAACAGGCCAACCGGGAUCGGCGGGCGGAACGACGCGAGUGGCUACGUUAAGUGCAUCUGCUACGGGUGGUACCAUGGCUCCCAGCCUAGCAUCUGCAUUAGCUGCUGGAACAUGGAAAGUGGCUGGAGGAACCGAUGCUCAACAGAAAGCCCUGCUCUCCCAGGUGUCUGCUGCAUUACAGAGUGGCCAGCCCGUAUCAUUGGCAGUCCGCGCAGGGCCUAACUCUAGCGGUGGACAAACCAGAAUUCUGACUCCUGGGACGACAUUUACCACUGUGACCGUUACAUCCGUUGCCGCUGCACCGAUAACAGCAACGACGCCGGCACCAACUGUCACUACCCCUAGCACAGCUACAGCUACUGUAGUUCCACAGCCAAUUGUUGUGGCUACGGCACCUAGUACGGCGACUGUAGCAGGAAGCACUUCAGGUGUGGUACCCGAUGUGGAAACGCUGGCUGCUGCUAACCCCAACAAUUCUUGAACAAAGACAAGUGUUUUGUUUCACUCUUCAUCAAACCCUUUUAAUCACUUUCAUUUUUAAUCACUUUUUUUAAAACAAACAUACAGUUUGGGAUUUAACUUCGCUAUUAAAUCGGCCCUGUAGACUAAAUCAUGAUUGUUUACUGUAUGUCGUGUCCAUAACUUGCGUUUUGUCGUCAAUAAAUGAUCUUGCAUACAAACUACUUAGGCUUCAUUUUGUUGUCAGAUAUGACCUAUUUUAAUUUAAAACUUGAAUUUCCUGAUGGGGAUUCUAUCAAAACCCUAUUCACAUGUGCCCAUGGACAACCGGAUUUCAAUCAACCUUUUCCUUUCGUUUUUUUUCCAAUUUCAAGAGCCUUCUCAUUUUUGUCAAAAUCAGCAAAAAUUUACAUCUUCCGGAAUUUGAUCAAAAUCAUCUGUUAUAAUGUAAAAUUUAACACUGAUUUCGGAAAAUGCAUUUGUUUUGUGGUCAAACUAACUAUUUGUGAAAUAAACAUAAAAAACGAC